AUGAUCAGCAUCACUGCAUUCGAAACCAUCAUCCGCUUCUCCAUCAAGCACGUUGGACCCAAGACGACCUAUGAGAUCUUGACCACGCUCAUCUUGCUCUAUGCUCGUCUCUACCAAAUCAAAGUCUUCUUCAGCAGCCCCGGCCUCCUGGUCUGGCUGAUGAUGCCCAUCAUCGCCGCCAGCAUCGUCAUCUCGCUCGCCUCCUCGUCAGUCUACUUGCGCUUUGGCUGCCCUCUUGCUGCGCUGGUCAUCCUGAAGCUGGCCAUCGAUGCUGAGAUCGCCUCAACUGUCUGUUGCUAA